CGCAUUCUCUGGUCGCUGCAUCGCCUGGAGAGUUAUAAGCGGUCGUGGUAAAAGUCUACUGCCGUGCGCACGUAGGUAACUGCUUAGCUGGGGGAGAGAAAUUACUUUUACUGGGACUUUUCGCCUAAACUGGUCGUCUACCUUCUCGAGCGGAUCGGCCAGUCAUUCAUCUAUCCGCCCGGACGCCAGUCAACGGAACACCUCAGAGCAACGAAAGUGUAAUUGCCGGUGGAAAGUUUGUUAGCAAACUAGUGCGACCUUCGCAAUAGUGCAAACUGGCUUGAGUGGUUGGCACUAGAACGAUAGUGUCCGAGCGCGGGUUUUGGGUUUCAAGCCAAGCUGCCAAGCAAAGCUGGUUAAUUCCGAGAAAAGGUCGCCGAGUACCAGCCAACACUGCUGGUUUGUGAUUUGCGGGCAUCGAGUGACCUCCGAAAUUAUUGCAGUUGAGUGCUUUUUCGCGCGAUGUCAUCGAAUCCGCGAUUCAGUUGAUUUCUGAGCUAAUUUCAAAAUUUUGUAAGGAUGUUUGCAUUUCGACUCUGGAUUUUCAAUCCGUGACUGGUUUAAUGAAAUUCAAUUGACAAAUUAAAAAUCCGCUUGUUUCGAAAGACAACAAAAAUUAUCUCCUUUGUGAAAAUUAAAUUCUAACAACGAACUGUGGCCAAUUAGCGAGGUAUACUCAGCGUGAUUAGAGAGGCUUCCGCGUGAACUAUAAGUGCAAGUGAAAUAAUCGUCGAAAAUGCAAGUUUUGGAGAUACAGCCGAAAGACUUAGAGGAAUCGAAGCAGAGUCUUGUAGAGGUGAAGGUCGAUCCAGGAUUCAGGAAACUGAACAAAAAUGCGGUCUGUUUUCAUAUAUGGAAAGUCGAGCAGGAUCGCAUUGAGCUGCUGCCAAAAGCAUCAUAUGGAACCUUCUACGAUGAUUGCACCUACAUAAUUUAUGCUGCUUCCGUAAAUGGAACGUAUUCGAACCAGGACACCAUUACUAGAGAAAUGAAAUCAUCCGCCAAUAUUGGACGGUUUAUACAUUUCUGGCUUGGAUCGAAUACUACUCCACAAAAAUCUGGAAACGUCGCAUACAAGGUUAUGGAGCUCGACACACAUUUCGAUCAUUUAACCACCCAAUUUCGUGAGUCUCAGGGAAAUGAAAGUUCUCGGUUUCUGUCUUAUUUCAAAAACGGAAUAACAAUCUUGUCCAGUGAAGUAGAACAAACUAAUCCUGAUUGUCGAUUGUAUCGCAUUAGCGGUAGAAAAUGGUCUACCUGCGUUGAGCUGAACUCCGUUAGUUGGGAGCACUUCGGCAGUGCUUAUAUAAUGGUCCUUCAAACACCGAAAUAUGUGUUCCUGUGGAUAGGAAGGUCGAGUAGUUCCACUGAACGUCGUAAUGCAUGGAACAUUGCAACUAAGAUCCAGGAAAAGUUUCGAAUUUCUGAUAUCACGAUAGUAGAUGAUGGUUACGAGCAAUCCAUGAAUGAAGCGCGUAAGCAGGAAUGGAACAGUCAGUUGUGUCUCAAAAAUCGGUUCGUCCAUCAAUCGAGCAAUACGGGUCAAUUCCCAGUUGGUCCUCUCAAAUUAUACAAAUGUGGUUACUUUAAUGGAAAGUAUAGAAUCGAAGAAUUAAAAACUGACGAGCCAGAACAAAACGACCUGAGUGACUCAGAGGCAGCCUAUAUUCUGGAUGGAGCGCUAAAUGGAGUUUGGGUUUGGGUUGGACGAAAAGCGUCCAUUCAAGAAAAAGUGGAAGCAAUGCGUAACGCCAGAGGCUUCGUUAAGAAGAAGAAAUAUCCUUCAUUAACUCCAGUAGCAAAAGUUGUCGAGGGACAUGAGCCGAUUGAGUUUACGCGCUUGUUUCCAAGUUGGAAGUAUUUGGAAAGCAUUCCAUCUAAAAUGUCCAACGUCUUAGGUAAACUUGACUCGUUAACUCUACUGCAAAGACCUAAAAUGGCAGCCGAGACGCAACUUAUUGAUGAUGGAAAGGGCGAAAAGCAUAUCUACCGCAUAACCGAUGGACAAUAUGUUGAACUUCCAAAGCAGAAAAACAUUGCUUUCUUCUCUGGUGACUGCUACAUUCUCCACUAUUUUGUGAAUGUAUCAGCUUCACAAGGGAAUCAAAUGGCUGAAAUCAAUGGUGUGCGAAGCGUUCUCUAUGUUUGGUACGGUCACGAAACCACGGAUGAAAAACGACAGAAAUGCGAUCUAAUGGCUCACGAAUAUUACGCAAAAUUAGGCAAAAACGCGAUGAUGGUGAAGUUAGUUGAUGGACUGGAAACACCACAUUUCCUGCAAAUUUUUGAUGGAAAGUUUGUGGUAUUUUCGGGACCAGGGAUGGGUUAUGAUCACAACAGUUUGAAUUCACUGUCUCCUUCUGGAUUCAUUCUGAAAGUUUCUGGCGAUUCAACUUACAAUUCAAAAGCUGUGCAACAAGACACAUUAAUGAUGCUAUCGCCAAAGGAUUGUUUCGUUAUUAAAUCACACGGUGUAUGGGUAUGGUGUGGCCAAGGAUCUACUGGUGAUGCACGUGAAGUAGCAAAGAAUAUUGGGGGCAUUUUUGGCGAGUACACACUAGUUAUGGAAUCGAAAGAACCCGAAGAGUUCUGGAAGAGUGUUGUUGAUAAAUUCAUUGAAAGAAAAUCCAAUGGAUAUGCUGGAUCCAUUUCACCGAUUGACAAAUCAAUAGUAAACAUUGAUAAAUCUCGAGUUGGACUUUAUAUUGCCUAUGUGGAUCAUGGCAGUAUAAUUACCAAAGAUAUUUUAGGUUUUGAACAAUCUGAUUUAACCCCUGAAGAUGUAUAUCUAUUGGACGUUGGAAAUAUGAUUUUCAUUUGGCUGGGUGCACUUUGCACUUCAGGUGACAGUGAAUUGUGGUGUUGGGUAAUGGCUCGUGAUUUCUUACAAAAUUACCCAGUUCAUAGAGAUGAAAAUAUUGCGAUUGCUCUCAUUCGGCAAGAAUAUGAACCGAAUAUUUUCACAGGAUUUUUUGAUACAUGGGACCCAGACUAUUGGAAGAAACAUAUAUCAUUUGAUAUGAUAAGAAAAGGUCUUGAGUCGUAUGUGUCGCCUGUUGCAAGUCUGCAGAGUUCAGUAAACGGAGAGAGCGAUUUUGAUAAACACCACAAGUUUCCGCUAACUGUACUACAACAGGAAGCCGAUGCUUUACCAGCUAGUGUAAAUCCCACAAGAAAAGAGGUUCAUCUUACACAUGAUGAUUUUGUUUCUAUAUUUAAUAUGAGGUUUACGGAAUUUGAAACGCUUCCAGGCUGGAAGAAACAAGAAUUGAAAAAGAAGCAUAAAUUGUUUUAAAUUAGUAGUUAUUUGUAUUUUGAAGUAAAUAAAGAUAUGUAUGCGAUAUA